AUGACGAAACUGGAGAAAUUUGACGAAGAACGCAAAGAAGUACAGCAGCGUCACGCGCAUCAACUAGCCAAUUAUUCUCACGAGCUUUCACGAUUAGAGCGUCUUCUGGAGAAGGCGCACACUGCAAUCCAGGAGAAAGAAAAUGAACUGCGGCUCCAUCGAACGCACACUUUUCAAAUGCAGAAUAUUUUCUCGGAUGAUAUUUGGAAAGAGUUAUUACCACUUCCUCCCAGCGACAAGCCGGUUGAGACGAUCUCUGCCUCGUCUUCAUCCCUCACGUCGAUGUCGUUUACGACGCAUGUGGGUCAAGCUUUCGAGCAGCUACUACGUCAUCAGCUCGUUGCGUUACACGACAGUACGUUGGAUCGCAGUACUCGAGAUUGGCUGCAAGAAGUCAAGCUUUGUGGCUCGCAGAUGGUGUCAGUACACCAAUCGUUCCAGGUCAUGGCUCGCUCGCUUCAACGUGUGGCUGAGUGCACCCACAUGUACCAAUUGGCAGAGACGUUAACGGAAGAAUGUCGAGAGUUGAUGCAUGCCGAACAAGUUUUAGUACUGGUAGUUGACAAGUCCGAGCACGAAUUCUGGUGUCGUCUCAACAUUUCGGCUUCAGUACCCUGUGGAUUGGCGGCGUUCGUGUAUCAUACAAGGCGAGCUAUACUGUUACCUGCAGGACACAUGACGAAGCACCAAAGUUACUCUACGGCCCCCGACAACGCCGAUCGUUUGGUGACGCACCCACACGCGUCCACUCUUCUCGUACCGAUUGAACACGACAACAACGUGGUAGCGGUCGUUCAGGUCUCUGGGAAACUCACUGAAGUGCAGGCGUUGGGGCUGUCGAUCGCUCUCGAGAAAUGCGACGCUUUCACGCCUCAAGACCAGGCGUUGCUAACGCUGUUAUGUCAUUUUUCAAGUGGAUUAUUCCCCAAAGUCGCGUAUUUCACCGACGUCGAAAGCAACAAAGUGAACGAAGAAACGUUCAUUCGAUUGGCGCCACAGAUUUUCACGUGUCUCCACUUCGACCAACUGGGCAAAGUUGUGAUUGAAAAUGCGAAAAACAUCUUGGACGCCGACCGUUGUUCUCUUUUCGUAGCUGACACGGCAACACGAACGCUACACAACUGGCACAGCGACAUCAGCGGCGCUGGGGUUAAAGUGUACCAGAGGUCAGCGCAGAAAGUUAACGCUGGCAUGACGAUUCAUUUCGGCCAAGGUAUCGUCGGUUUAGUCGCUGAAACGCAAGAAAGUAUCAACAUUCCAGAUGCCUACGAAGACCCACGGUUUAACUCAGCGUGGGACCAGAAGACGCACUAUCGCACGAAGAGUAUGCUCACGGUGCCUAUUAUUUCAAAUACCUUAGAGAAGCCUCACCAGACGCUGCUUGGUGUGGUUCAGGUCAUCAACAAGUCUGGAGGAGCCCCCUUCCGUUCCAAAGACGAGUUUUUGCUCCAAACAAUCUCGAAACUCAUCGCGUUAGCCAUCGAGAACUCGCAAUUGUUCCAAAGAAACCAGGAAUUGUGCUGGAAUGUGGGCAAGUUGAUCGGUGAUGGGGACAUUGUGGAAGCCAUCGUGAGUCUUGGCAUGGCAGCGGAGCAGAUUAUCGGCGUUCAAGGCGCUGCAGUCUACGUCGUAGAUCCAGAUACGAACGAACUUGUGACGUUCCACCACAAACGUCGACAUCGAAUUGCAGUUUCUGAAGCUUCCUAUGCUGGAUCUUUGAUGGAAGAAGCUGUACGUCUACAGCAGCUAACGAUUGUCAAUGACACGACAAAGACGGGGUCUUUUAACGCGUUUGUUGACAGUCUCAAUGGGAUUUCCGCUCGCAACGUGCUGUUCGCUCCGCUACUGAGAAUGGUGGGCUUACUGCAGCUGGUCAACACUACACGACGCAAAACUCACUUCGACGAACACGAUUUGUUCCUGUCUAUUGUCCAGAGCCAAAGUUGCAGCGUUCUGGCGGCAAUUCUCGAGAAACAACGGAUGUUACGUCAAAAAGAGCAAAUUGCGCUGUUAUUGGAUGCGUCCAUGUCAUUUUUUAAAGAAAUGAGUGUUGUCGGCGUCAUCAACGCAGUCUACAACGCCUGUGUGAGCAUCUUUGACGCCAGUACCACGGCCCACCUCUUUGUUUAUGACGAAGGCGCCAAUCCACUUGACAAGAUGCACGAACGUCACAUGUGGUCGUCGAAGAUAUCGCCUCAAGCUGCAGCAGCGCUCGCACCGCAUAACUCAAGUACAACUGCGCUCUAUCAAGGCACGAGUAUGAGUUUUAUCCCGUCGCUAGGAGCACAGUCACGAAAACUGUCGGUGGUGACAGAUCAGACACUGCGUGCACCGACAAGUGAGGGGUUAUUUCAACAAGUCCUUAUUAGGGGUAGCGCCGUUAUCGUGAAACAAGUGGAUAACUACACGAUGAAAGCUACUCGCUCCGAUACUCGACUUGGAUUUACGCGUCAUUCCGUAGUCGCGUGUCCCGUUUGGAGCAGCUAUGGCCAAGAAAUCGUCGGUGUCCUGGUUCUGCUUUUCCCUCGAGAUCAUCCUGCUGUUGCUGCGGGGUCUCGAAGCGAACAACUCAGUACUCUUCCCAUUCUAACUCGACAGAUCUCAGGUGCACUUAGCGUGUGUCACGACCUUCGUACGGUGUCUACUCGGGCUCGAAAGAUGCAAAAUAUGCUGGAACUGUCCCGACAAGCCCCGAAAGCUGCUGCGUCUCUCACUCUAACAUCACGAGGCCACCUCGGAUCGUUCUCUCAGCCUGUAAACCUCUGCUCUCGAGCGUUCAACUCUCGAGCUCUUACCGCCGUUCUACAUCCAACAGCUGCUUCAAAACUGACAGUUAAUUCACUGUAUAUGGACGACCAAGGGAAUCGUUGGGGCUUCCAGAUCUCCGGUGCCACUGCGCAUGAAAUGAAUUGCGAUCAUUACGCCCAAUGGAUCGGCAGACACGUGGCACUUCCUGUGGGUCGUACAGAAGCAGAAGUGUUUGGGAAACUUCGCAUGGACUUACAGGGCGUCUACACACGCAAGGAAACGAUCACUGGUUCCCGAGUUGAUGCAACUCUAUCGCGAUCGUUGUUAUUGAAACUCCGUCAGCUGUUAUGGGAGUAUACAGAUGCAACGUGGCAAGUGGACGACCGCCGUGCCAAUGCUGGAGUCUCUCUGGAAGUUGCGGAAUGGGACCAGCUUUACGCUUGCUUUCAAGAUGACAGUGGGGGCGUAGAUGUGGAGACUAUGUUGACAGCAUUGCGACCACAACUUAAAAGGUUCCCAGUGAUAACGUACGAGCUAGCACCUGUUCUAGACUCCGUGACCCAGAUUGUUGUUAGCGUGCAGAUGCUUCUUUUUAGCUGA